AUGAAGUCUAACGCACACGAGUCGGAAGCCACUCUGAUGAUCUGGUCGAGGGUGGCGGAGAGCAGACGAGGGGGCGCCCACGAGCGCACUUCGCCCGCGAGCACCGCUACGAUUCCUGCCAGCACCAGCGCGAACAUUGUCGUCGAACCCAGGACAGCACCGGCGCUUCCGUGCGCUUCGAACCGCGCGCGAGAUCACAAUAUCGCCCUUGAUCUUCGCGCGCUCUGCCUCGCCGCAGGUGACGUAGCGACGCAUAGAAGGGAUUCGACGACGAACAUACCUACGAGCGGAGAACUCUCGGGUCGGUCUCCGUUAGCGACCUGCAUACGCAUUAAAUGUCGAAAUUCUCACACGCCCCCUUUAAAUGUCCCAAAGCUGAAUUAG